UCCUUCAAUAAAAUUGCACCGCAAGUUAACCCUAGCCUUCACCUCUGAGUUUCUAGGGGCUUCGAAGAGGAUUGAGAUUAGGGUUUUGAUGGGUACAGAGAGGAAGCGGAAGGUGAGUUUGUUUGAUGUGGUGGACGACUCCGCCGUCAAGAUGGCCAAAACCAACGGCGCCACCAGCCUCAUAAACCACUGGACCGGGAAACCUUACUCCCAGCGGUACUACGACAUUCUCGAGAAACGGAAAACCCUCCCCGUCUGGCUCCAGAAGGAAGAGUUCUUCAAGGCUUUGCGCGAAAACCAGACUCUCAUUCUCGUUGGUGAAACUGGUAGUGGUAAAACCACACAGAUUCCUCAGUUUGUUCUGGAAGCGGUUGAUUUAGAGAGCCCUGAUAGACGCGGGAAGAUGAUGGUUGCAUGCACUCAGCCGCGUAGAGUGGCUGCGAUGUCUGUUUCCCGCCGUGUGGCUGAAGAGAUGGAUGUCACUAUUGGAGAAGAGGUUGGUUAUAGCAUCAGAUUUGAGGAUUGCAGUAGUUCCAAGACGGUUUUGAAGUAUCUUACAGAUGGUAUGCUUUUGAGAGAAGCAAUGGCGGAUCCGCUUUUGGACCGAUACAAAGUAAUUAUUCUUGACGAGGCGCAUGAAAGGACUUUGGCCACGGAUGUGCUGUUUGGUCUUCUUAAGGAAGUACUUAAAAAUAGACGUGACCUGAAGUUGGUUGUUAUGAGUGCAACACUUGAAGCUGAAAAGUUUCAGGGCUAUUUUUCCGGGGCGCCUCUUAUGAAAGUGCCUGGAAGGCUACAUCCGGUGGAAAUUUUCUACACUCAGGAGCCAGAAAGAGAUUACUUGGAGGCGGCUAUUAGGACAGUUGUACAGAUACACUUGUGUGAGCCUCCUGGAGAUAUACUUGUUUUCCUUACUGGGGAGGAAGAGAUAGAAGAUGCAUGCCGCAAAAUAAAUAAAGAAGUUUCAAAUUUGGGAGACCAGGUGGGACCUUUGAAAGUGGUACCCUUGUACUCUACACUUCCUCCAGCUAUGCAGCAGAAGAUUUUUGAAGCAGCUCCACCUCCAGUUAAAGAGGGAGGGCCUCCUGGAAGGAAGAUUGUGGUAUCAACUAACAUUGCAGAAACUUCCUUGACAAUUGAUGGUAUAGUCUAUGUUAUUGACCCUGGGUUUGCUAAGCAGAAGGUUUAUAACCCUCGAGUUCGGGUCGAGUCUUUGUUGGUGUCUCCAAUAUCAAAGGCUAGUGCACACCAGAGAUCUGGGCGUGCUGGAAGAACUCAGCCAGGGAAAUGUUUUAGACUUUACACUGAAAGAAGUUUCAAUAAUGAUCUUCAGCCGCAAACCUAUCCUGAAAUUUUGAGAUCUAAUCUUGCGAACACAGUUCUUACCUUAAAGAAACUUGGUAUAGAUGAUUUAGUGCAUUUUGAUUUCAUGGACCCUCCUGCCCCCGAGACCUUAAUGCGCGCUUUGGAAGUAUUGAAUUACUUGGGUGCACUUGAUGAUGAGGGUAACUUAACAAAGCUGGGUGAGAUUAUGAGUGAAUUUCCAUUGGAUCCUCAGAUGUCAAAGAUGCUUGUUGUUAGUCCUGAGUUCAACUGUUCAAAUGAGAUUCUUUCAAUUUCAGCCAUGCUAUCAGUACCCAAUUGCUUUAUUCGGCCUAGGGAGGCACAAAAAGCUGCGGAUGAAGCAAAAGCUAGGUUUGGGCACAUUGAUGGAGAUCAUCUCACACUCUUGAAUGUUUACCAUGCCUACAAGCAAAACAAUGAGGAUCCAUCUUGGUGCUAUGAUAACUUUGUUAACAAUAGGGCGCUGAAAUCAGCUGAUAAUGUCAGACAACAGCUAGUGCGUAUCAUGACUCGGUAUAACCUGAAGCUAUGCAGCAGUGACUUCAAUAGCCGUGACUACUAUGUCAACAUAAGAAAGGCAAUGCUAGCAGGAUAUUUCAUGCAGGUGGCCCAUCUUGAGCGGACAGGACACUACUUGACAGUGAAAGACAACCAGGUGGUGCACUUGCAUCCUUCAAAUUGCCUGGACCACAAGCCCGAGUGGGUAAUCUAUAAUGAAUAUGUCCUUACCAGUCGGAACUUCAUUCGUACUGUGACAGACAUACGCGGUGAAUGGAUAGUUGAUAUAGCACCACAUUACUAUGAUCUGUCUAAUUUUCCACAAUGUGAAGCAAGGCGUGUUCUUGAGAAGCUUUACAAGAAGCGAGAGAAGGAAAAAGAGGAAUCUAGGGGUCGUAAAUGAAGUCCUACCCAUCCAAGCCUUUUUUCCCUCUUGGAUUGGGAUUGGAUGUCUCGUCUCUUCCAAUUUGACAUGAUAAUUUAUUCAUGGAAAAGAUCCCCAAUACUUACUUUGAACGACAUGCUGGUUGUCAGUAGUUUCUUUGAAAAAUUGGCCAGUUCCCUGUACUAUUUACUAGAGUAGUGGGAACCUUGUUUUAUAUUCUUGAACGUUCUGUUGUACCUUAAGGAUUAUUGCCUGCUCAAAUUCGUUUGUUGGAUGUUAGUUUCGUUGAAGGUUAGAUCCUACUAUUGCUUUAUCCUACUGAUAGUUAACACUCAAAAUGAAGUAGAGCGGGAUAUAGUAAUUUGCAUGAAGGAAUAGAUCAAAUGUUGAUGUUUUAGCCAAA